AUGCUCUAUGGAAUGAGGUCUUCAAAUGUUAAACUAUGGUAUCAAUUGGUUGUUAACCAAAGAUCCGUGAGAAAUACACAUAUAUUUCACAGUAAGAAGAAAUUAGAUAAACAUGAUGUAGAAACCUUACCUAGUAGUGAAUUGUUGCAAGAACUUGGGUUUGUUAAACAAGUUAGAAGUGGAAUAUUACAAUGGUUACCAUUAGGGUUGAAAUCUUUGAGGAAAAUUGAAAAUAUUGUUCAUACUCAUAUGAGAGAUAUUGGAGCUGUUGAGGUAUCAUUAAGUUCUUUAUCUCCAAAAGAUGUCUGGAUGAAGACAAAUAGAUGGUCCAACACGGAGUUAUUUAAAUUGAGAGACUCGAGAGGUGCUGACUACUGUUUAUCACCUACCUGUGAAGAAGAUAUUACAACUUUAAUGAACAAUUAUAUAACAAGUUAUAAGGAUAUGCCUAUCACGGUUUAUCAAAUGACAAGGAAAUAUAGAGAUGAGAAGAGACCUCGUGGUGGCUCAUUAAGAAGUAGAGAAUUCUUAAUGAAGGAUGCAUAUUCCUUCAGUUCUAAUAAGACCGAAGCUUUGAAGAUUUUUGAAGAAAUGAACACAGCUUACAGCAACAUUUUUAAAGAAAUAAAAAUUCCAUAUACUAGUGCAUGGGCGGAAUCGGGUGAUAUUGGUGGGGAUUUGAGCAAAGAAUAUCAUUAUAAACAUAACAAAGGCGAAGAUCUAUUACUAACCUGUGAUCAAUGUCAUGAAUCUUUUAAUAUUGAAAGAUGCGAAUCAUUUCCAACAAAUGAUAAUAAAGCAGUGAAAGACGUCAGUGUAAAAUAUUCCCUAUCUAAAGAUAAUAGUACUUUAAUAGCAUUUUACUAUCCAAAGAGUAGAAAUUUAAAUAUCUACUUGGCAAGCAAGGCUGUAGAGAAGGAUAUAGAUAUGACGCUAACUAAGAAUCUCAAUAAUGAUGAAAUCUUAAAAAAAUUCCAUGAACAUAAACCAGAACCUAUGUUUGCGAGGGUCAUAAGAGUGAUGGACUGUAGACUGGAUCAUACCUCUGACUUCCCUGAUUUUCCGCUCAAACAUUAUUCUAAACAAAAUUUUGCACACAUUGAUAAUAUUUCAAUAGUUGAUGCAAUGGAAAAUGAAGAAUGUGGUGCAUGUGAAGAAGGUAUUUUGAAAAGUGCUCGCAGUAUCGAAGUGGGACAUACAUUCCACCUAGGCACGAAGUAUACAAAAGCAUUAGGUGCAACGUUCUCAGAUGCAAAUAAUAAAAACACUAAUUUUAUUGAAAUGGGAUGCUACGGAAUAGGUAUCAGUAGAUUAUUUGGCGCUAUUGCAGAAAUAUCAAAAGAUAACAAGGGAUUUAGAUGGCCCGCAUCAAUUAGCCCUUAUAAAGUCAGCUUCUGCACACCGGUUGCUUCAAAGGGAGAAAAUAUUAUAAAUCAGAAGAUAGAUAUAUUGAAAAAAGAGUUAGAAAAUUCAGCACAGUUUAAUAAUGAAGUUUUAAAUUCAUUCAAUGAGAAAAUAAGCUUAGGCCAAAAGAUCCAAUUAUCACAACUAAUAGGUAUUCCAUUAAUUGUGAUUGCAGGACCUAACAAUUGGCCAAAUGUGGAAAUUGAAGUCAGGGGAAGGAGAUGGUCAGGAGAAGAGAGUUGGAAACAGAAAUAUGCUCAAUAUAAAGAUGAGUAUGGAUGGAGUUUUUUAGUAGAUUCCAAUGGAGACAUUGAAAAACAUGUUGUGGACAUAAAGAAUCUGGAAAACGUCCUGGAAUUUUUAAUAAAAGACUUAUAA